CAUUGUACACAGGCGAAUGUUUUUGUUUUCAAUGGUCGAAAUUAAAUUGAGCUGUUGUAUUUUUCAAUAACUUACGAUUUUGCAGUGCUAAAAUGUCACAAGCACACAGUUCAGAUGACGAAACUGAUUUUAAGACCGUCAAUACAACCAAUUACCAACGAAUACAGGAAAAAGUAGAAAAGAUAAAUUAUGCUGAUGGAAUAGCAGAUGGACGCGAACAAGUGUUUCAGACCAGCUUCGAUCAAGGCUAUGCCGAUGGAUUAAGAACUGGAUUGGAAUUAUCCAAGUUCCCGGCCUUUUAUGACGUACUCAAAACCGCAAAUAUGGACGAAACUUUAUCAAAGGAGCAUCAGGCCUACGAGGAAAUGAAGUUAUCAAAACCCACAGAUAAAAGCCACUUUAAGUAUUUGGAGCAUCAAAGCGAGCCACUCAGCGUUGUAUCCGAAAAACAAAAUGUCUAUAUAGACAAUUUAUUGGAGCACUGCGACGAAGCGCUGCAAAAGACAACAAAUUUAUUCAAGUCGCAAGCGAAAUGAUUUAUGUGUUAACCUGAUUUAAUGCGUGUGUGAUUAGGAAUUAUAAUAUAUUAACUGAAA